AUGGCGCCCGCGGGCGUCGCCCUCCGCAGUGGUUCCCUGGGCCUCCUCGUCUGGCUCCUGCUCCUCCCGCGCCGCCUCAGCGAGGCUCGGGCGGGCGGGACGGCACCGCCCUCACCCCCCCUGGCACCCCUCGGGGGGCGGCCGCGAGGACCCAGGGCUCCAGGAUGUGGCCACAGGUCUAUGAGGAUAGUUGGUGGAAUGCCAGCCGCAGAGAAGAAGUGGCCCUGGCAGGUCAGCCUGCAGAUCAAUAAUCAGCACAUAUGUGGAGGCUCUCUCAUCGCGCGUCAGUGGGUGCUGACUGCCGCCCACUGCAUAUCUGGGGAUGUGGAAUACACAGUGAAGAUGGGAGACACACAUGUGAAGCACACCUCCAGAAUGGCAGUCAAGGUUCCAGUCCGCGACAUCGUUGUUCAUAAAUACUAUAAUCCCAUUGGGUCAAUCCAAAAUGACAUUGCCCUCGCCCUGCUCGACUUCCCUGUGAAUUACUCCUCACACAUCCAGCCUGUGUGCAUUCCUGAAAAGGCUUUCAUGGUGCAAGCUGGUACAAAGUGCUGGGUGACUGGAUGGGGAAAACUGGACGAAAAAGCACCAACACAGCUUCAGGAGGCUGAGCAAAACAUUAUUCGCUAUGAGGAAUGUAAUGAAUUGCUCAAGAAAGAGUUGGCAAAUGACAAUGACAUAGUCAGGAAAGGGGUUGUCUGUGGUUACAGCACUCAAGGAAAAGAUUCCUGCCAGGGAGAUUCUGGGGGCCCCCUAGUCUGCGACUUUAAUAGCACAUGGGUCCAGGUGGGGAUUGUGAGCUGGGGCAUUGGCUGUGGUCGCAGAGGAUAUCCUGGAGUUUACACAGAAGUCAGUUUCUACAAGGACUGGCUCAUUGAUCAUGUGACUCAGGCUUCUUCUCAGGACUCAGCUGGCUUCUUCAUCCUCUCCCUGUGUCUGCUGCUCCUGGGCAUCCUGGUGACCCCCUGACCACGCAGCCAGUCCCUUCUUGUUUCUGAG